CUAGACCAAACACUUUUGUUUAAUAAAGAAAAGACGUGAAAAUUCUUUACUGCGUCUUAUUUGUUUUAUCAGAUAAAAAUUAAACACCGCGAGCUUCUUCAGCUUUUCCGCCCGGACAAUAAAGACGCACGCGUGCACCCUUUAUUUCGCUCCGCCACUCGUCCGCUACAAAGGUUCCGCCCGGAGUUUUGUUCCGCCCUCUCAUGUUUCCCUCAUAAGAAACAGCCCAAAGCCUUCAGCGCGUUUCUGUCCGCGUUCCUCCUGAACGAUUCUCCAAGUUCCACCGGAACCAUGUCGGUGCGAGCGAGGACAGCGUGAGGCUUCGAUCUGACCGUCCAGUCCAGCUCCAAGGAGGAAUUCCAUUCAAUCCAUUCAGUUCCAUUACCGGUGCGACUGCAGUGCGCGCGACUCCGACUCACGAGACACGAGCCAAGUUUAUUUUCCUUUUUAAUUAUUAAUAUUUUAUUUUAUUUUAUUUGUUUAAACAUUUCACCUACAAGUGUGGAGAAAAGGAAACAAAUUCAGACUCAUGGAGCAGCCGAUCUUCACCACUCGAGCUCAUGUCUUCCAGAUCGAUCCCAGCACCAAGAAGAACUGGGUCCCUGCCAGUAAACAAGCCGUCACCGUGUCCUACUUUUAUGACAGCACUCGCAACAGCUAUCGCAUCAUCAGCGUGGAUGGGUCAAAGGUGAUCAUUAACAGCACCAUCACCCCUAACAUGACCUUCACGAGGACGUCACAGAAGUUUGGGCAGUGGGCCGACAGCCGCGCAAACACCGUGUUCGGCCUCGGGUUCGCCUCUGAACAGCAGCUGUCCAAGUUUGCUGAAAAGUUCCAGGAAGUGAAGGAGGCGGCUAAAAUGGCUAGAGAGAAAUCACAGGAGAAAUCCGAUACGACCAGCGUCCACUCACAGGAAUCGGGCCGCGAGACUCCGUUAUCCAAUCAGGCGUCGAGUAUGAACGGCACGGACGAUGAUAAAAUCUCACACACACCUGAUAACCCCGUGCUGAUGAGCGAGAACAACCGACUAAAGACUGCUGUGGAGCAGAGUACUAACCAGUACGAAGCGGAGCUGCAGGCUCUGAAGGAGAAUAACGCUCAGCUGAAGGAGGCGCUGCAGGAGGCAAAUAGAAGUGUGGAGAAAUGGAAAACACACACCAGCGCAUGCCAGGAGGAGAACACCAUACUCAAGAACAAGAUUGCAGACCUGGAGGUGAUGUGUAAGGAGGUGAAUCAGGAGAAAGAGAGAAACGCACAGCUGAAUGUCCGAGUGCAGAAACUUGAGAACGAAGUAAAGGACAAAGAGCAGGAGCUGGAGAAUCUGAGAAAGCAGGCUGAGAUAAUUCCACAGCUCAUGUCUGAGUGUGACAACCUCAACGCCAAGCUACAGGCGGCGGAGCUGGCCAAUCAGGAUGCUCGUGGGCGUGUGUCAGCGCUGCAGAGUGAGGUGAGUGAAGGACAGCAAAGACACGGAGCCAUGAAGAACGAGCUGAAGAAGUUCAUGGAGCUUCUGGAGGGCAAAAUAGAUGAACUGCAUGAAGUCCGCCAGGGACUGUCUCACCUGGGCAUGGACAACUAACACACAUACGCACACACACACACACACACACACUCACACACACACACACACACACACACUCUCUCUCUCUCUCUCUCUCUCUCUCUCUCUCUCUCUCUCUCUCUCUCUUUUACACUUACACAAUAUAGUAUCUCAAUAUCUAGGGAGUGACAGCCAUAGAUCUUUAUAUUACACACACACACACACACACACACACACACACACACACACACACACACACACACACAGAGGUAUUAAUGUUCAGCAGGUAAAGAGUAUAUAAUGGCUUUGGUUCAGAAACACUCACACACACACACACACACACACACACACACACACACACACACACACACACACA